GUAUUCUCAUUACAACCAUUGCUAACAAGAGUGAGCUGACACAAUGGCCACAACUUCUCCCACAUCUAUGCCACCUCCUGGACUCUGAGGACUAUAAUGUCUGUGAGGGAGCGUUUGGCGCGCUGCAGAAGAUCUGCGAGGAUUCUUCGGAGAUUCUUGAUAGCGACGCCCUCGAUCGACCUCUCAACGUCAUGAUCCCAAAGUUCCUACAGUUCUUCAAACACAGCAGUCCGAAAAUCAGAGCGCACGCUAUAUCAUGUGUCAAUCAGUUCAUCAUCUGCCGGGCCCAGGCCCUCAUGCUGCACAUCGACCAGUUUAUAGAGAACCUCUUUCAUCUUGCGAACGACGACGACGCUGAGGUGAGAAAGAACAUCUGCCGGGCGCUCGUCAUGCUACUGGAAGUACGAAUGGAUCGACUAAUCCCACACAUGCACAGCAUAGUCGAGGUAAUGUCCUAUCUAUCAUCACAGCAGUGGCCCACGUCGCUGCCGACACCCGGAAAUGCCGACGGACCUUCAACGAUCUCCCGCCGUCGCUGCCACGCCGACCGCCGAUAA